AUGGAUCCCUACGACAGCGACUCCUCCUUCGACGAUGAGGGGGACUUCAGCGAGACCAACGUGCUGCUGGGUUACGCCGCCGACGAGAUUGUUGAAGACACCAUCAGUCACCUGGGAGGCUGGCCGACCUGGCUCGACGACGCUACCCCGCCUCCGGGCGACUUCGCCAAAUGCAAAGUCUGCAACCAGCCCAUGCUCCUCCUCCUCGAGCUGCACGGUGAUCUCCCCAACGACUUUCCCGACGAUGAACGCCGUCUCUACAUUUUCUCCUGCCCGCGCAAAGCCUGCAACCGCAAACCAGGCAGUAUCCGGGCCCUGCGCGCCGUCAGAAAGCUGAAGAUCGAGCCCCAACACCAGCCUCUCCGCCAAAAGGAAGAACAAAAGCCAGAACCCUCGAACAGAGAGAAGGAAGAAGAAGAGAAGAAGCCCGCCGCACCAAAGCCAGAUCUUGGAGCCAGCCUAUUCGGUUCUUCCACUCUCACCGGCAGCGUCUCCGCCAGCGCAAACCCCUUCUCCGCCGGCGCUUCUUCCACCAGCACCAACAACAACCCAUUCGCAGCCCCAGCGCCCUCCCCCGGCCUCGCCGCCAAACCCACCCCCUCUCCAGCACCUACCCUCUCCGAAUCCUUCGCCGACAAAGUCCGCAUCUCUUCUCCUCAACAACAACAACCCAAAACCAACCUCAUCCCACCCCCCGAAGCCUCUACCACCCCUAACACCCCCUGGCCCGCCCAAUCCGACUUCCCCACCCCCUACACAAACUUCUACCUCGAUGCCGAAUACGAGACCAUGUCGCGCCCCUCCACACCCACUAUUCCCGCCAACGUGACCAUCGACAACACAGAAGAAGAGGGUCCCAAUGGUGGCGCAGCGGAGCUCAAAGAUACCUUUGAAUCCGAGCUCGACAAGGCGUUCAUCCGCUUCUCUACCCGUCUCGGCCAUAAUCCCGAGCAAGUCCUCCGCUAUGAGUUCCGUGGUACGCCAUUGCUCUAUUCCCAUGCUGAUGCGGUGGGCAAGCGGCUCCACGAUCCGUCGAAGACAGCGAACCCCAAUGCCAAGGUUACUACGGUUGGUGGAGGGAGUCGCAUGCCUCGCUGUGAGUAUUGCGGUAGUGAGCGCGUGUUUGAGUUGCAGCUUGUGCCUCAUGUUAUCAGUGUGUUGGAGGAUGGGAGGGAGGGUGUGGGGCUUGGACCCAAGGAUGAUGCUGGUAUGGAGUGGGGGACUAUCAUUUUGGGAGUUUGCGGGAAGGAUUGUGGACCGAAGGAAGUCGGUGUUGUCGGUUAUAGAGAGGAGUGGGCUGGUGUGCAGUGGGAGGAACAGGCGAAAUAG